AUGUAUUAGGAGGACACUCUUAACAUAAAUCAAAUUCAAUUUAAUCAACUUCUAUUGGAAGCUCAUAGUCAAUUUUAAUUAAGGGAUAUGAAUUAAGCAAUAAGAUUAUAUGAAGAAGCUUUAAAUUUUCAAGAAGCUGGAAGAGGUAAAAUCAAAUAUAAAUUUCAAGAUAUUGAUAGAAUGGCUAUAAUCCUAGCUAAUUUAGGAAUUAUUUAUUUUCAUAAUUGCGAUUAUAAAUAAGCAACUGAAAAGCUACUUUAAGCAUUCACAAUGUUGGAUAGAAAAAAUGAUUUCAAAUGUGCAUUAUUAAUUAAGAUUUUAGUAAAUAUUGUUUUGAUAACAAAAUUUAGGGAAAUUUGGCAAUUAUCAAGUUGAUAACAACAGAAUUUCAAGAAUGUAAAGAUUAUAAUGAUUAAGCAAUUCAAUUAAUCCUUUCUGUGUAAAAUUAAUUAAUAUUUAGUUAACCACCAUUGUAAUAUCAAUUAUUUAAAGAACUAAUGUACAUUUAUUAUAGAUUUUAAUCAUUUGAAGCUAUGGGAGAUGGCAAUUUUGAAAAUCUAGAAUAAAAGUGUACUGAAAUUAUAUAAUACUAAUAUAGAUGAUGGAUAGAGUUUAGCUUGCUUCUACUCUUCUAUGGGAUUGAAUCGAGAACUGUGUGGAGAUAUGGCUCUAGCUUUUAAGUAUCAUCAAAAAGCUCUUAAAUUAUGGUAUGACCAGAAAGAAAAUGGGUUUAUUGUCAUUACAUUAAGAAGAAUUUUAACUAUUGCAUAAAAUGAAAGAAUGGAUUGUAAGGAUUAUGUAUAAUAAUUGUAAAAAUGUAUGCAAUCCCCUGAAUUGAGGGGAAUAAGUCCAGAAAUUUUAUUUAAAGAUUGUGAAAAAAAAUUAUAAUGUGCUAGAGAAGUAUAUAUUUAAUGAAUUUUUAAUUUAGAUAACAACAUCAUUAUAAAAAUUAGAAUAAUAAUUGAAUUAUUAAAAGAAUUAGUAAUUAUUAUCAUAGCCUUUAACAGUUAAAUAACAAGAUGAAUUUUGGAAACUCGCUUUAAAAUUAAGACUCAAGAGGGCAAUCUAAUAUUGCUAUCAUCAAAUGUCCUAAUAGGAAGUUGAGAAUGCAUCUUUAUUAUCAUAAUCUAUUGCAUAACUUGAACAUUCUUUAAAAUUAUUGGACUAACAAUAACCAUAUGAAAACUAUUUAUAAAAUUUACCAUUUACAAAAGAAUCAGUAAAUAUUAUCAAAUCUCAUUUAUUGAAAUUCAAUAGAAUUUGUUUAAAAAUUUAAUUACAACCAUUUUUCAAUUAUCUUGAUUAGUUAAAACAAGAAGAUGAUUAAGGACAAUAACUUUUCUAAUAGCCACAAUUUAAUUCCAAAUUUUAAACUAAUUAAACAUACAAUUAAUAAAUUUAAAAUUCACAUUAUUUAACUUAACAAUAACCAUAGUCUUUAUCUAAUAGAUAAAAAUAGUUUGAUUCAAUUAAUUCAUAAUAUAAUUCAUAAUAAAGUUAGGUUAAUAAUGAUUAUUAAAAUUAAUUGAAUAUUCAAUCAUAUCACUCAACAAAUGAUUAAUAAAAUUAUAUGGUUAGAGGGUAAAAUUCUAAUUAGCAUUAAAAUAAUCAAUAUCAAUAAUUUAAUAAUCCUUUGCAAAGUAACUAUUCUCAAAAUAAUCAAAUUGAAUAAAAAGAUUUCUAAUAGUAAAAGUAUUAAACAGUGUAUGCAAAUAAUUAUGAAUAGCAGCCAUUAAAAAAUAGUGGUUAAUUUGGAUCAUAAAUUAUGGGUAUAACUGGAAAUAGUCAACCAAAAAUCAAUACUGUCUAAUCAUAAUAUUAAUAAUAAUAAUAAUAAUAAUAAUAAUAAUAAUAAUAAUAAUAAUAACAAUUUUAAUCAUAAUAAGCAAGUCUAAAAUUCUCAAAAUCUUAAUUAAAUCCAUCACAAAUAAAAUAAGGAUAAAAUAUGACAGUAUCUCUAACAAAAUCAUAAAAAUUAAAAAACGUUAGUCUUCUUAAUGCUGCCUAUAGAACUGUCAUGUUGGGUGAUUAACUAACUAAAUGCAAUAAAUCUUCAAAUGGAAGAAUAGAAAGAUUUUUUAUUUUAGCCAAUGAUGGGACAUUUAGAUGGGCUCAAAAUAAUAAACAUAUUAAUGAUCCAAAAUCUGUAAAUUCCUAUUCAGUUUCCGAUAUAAGAGGUUUACUCUACGGGAAAGUAACAGAUGUCCUUAGAAAAUCAUACAAUGAUAAAUUAGAGCCUUGGUUAUGCUUUUCUUUGAUUAUGAAAACUAGAUCUAUGGAUUUUUAUGCUUAACCAUUAUAAGUAAGAAUUUCCAUUUUUAUUUGAGAUUAAUUCGUGGGUAUUUGCAAUGUCUGAAGAAAUAAAAAGAAGAAAUCCUUUAGCAUUUGUGAUUACUCCAGGAAAAAUGUUAUGGAGAAAAAUUUAAAUAAUAUUACAUUAUUAUUUUGUGGAUAGAAAAAAGGAAAAAGAAAAAGGAGGAAAUAAAAAAAGAAAAUAACGUACAAAUACUUUUGUUCAUCUUUUGGUUUUAUAUGCUAAAAAUUAAUAUAGAUUACCUUAAAUAUAAUGA